AUGUUUGCUGCUUCUGCUCGAAGCCGUCUCUCGUCCACCUUGUCAAGGCCCCGGCUCCCUCCGACACAACUGCUCGCCCGCUCGACACCCGCUAUGGCUCCCCGACGAAAGGCAUCUUCAAUCCCUGAGGGAUACAAGGAGAAUCUUUCUAAAGGCAAGAUGCUCCGCUUUGAGGACUCCUUGCCCCGCCUCCCCGUGCCAUCCCUGGAGGAAACCGGCCGCCGCUACCUGAAGUCCGUCCACCCUCUAGUCUCCGAGGCGGAGUACCAGCGCACCAAGAGCGCCGUGGAGGCUUUCAUCCGCCCUGGUGGCGAGGGUGAGCCUCUCCAGAAGCGGUUGCUAGAACGCGCCGCUAACCCCAAGAUUAACAACUGGAUCGCCGAAUGGUGGAAUCAGGCCGCCUACCUCGGCUACCGGGACCCCGUCAUUCCUUAUGUCUCCUACUUCUACUCCUACCGGGAUGAUCGUGAGCGUCGUGACCCGGCCAAGCGUGCGGCGGCCAUCACUUCCGCGGCAUUGGAAUUCAAGAAGGAGGUCGAUGCGGGCUCGCUCGAGCCCGAGUAUAUGCGCGGUCAGCCUAUGGCUAUGAGCUCUUAUGAGUACAUGUUCAACUGCUGCCGUAUCCCCGCUCAUCCCGAGGACUUCCCCCAAAAGUUCUCGGCUGCUGAGAAUCAGCACAUCGUCGUGGUCCGCAAGAACCAAUUCUUCAAGGUGCCGCUGGUUGUUGACGGACAGACCCUGAACGUGUCUGAGCUCGAGCAGCAGUUCCAGCACAUCAUCAACACUGCCCAGCCUGCCCCACCGGUCGGUGUGCUGACUGUGGCUGAUCGUGAUCACUGGACCGCAGCACGCAAGAAGCUCAUCGCGGCCGACCCGGCCAACGAGCAAGCCCUACAGACUAUCGAGUCUGCCGGGUUCGUAGUCUGCUUGGAUGAUGCGAAGCCCGUUACUCUUGAGGAGCGUUCACACCAGUACUGGCACGGUGAUGGCUCCAACCGCUGGUUUGACAAGCCCCUGCAGUUCAUCAUCAACGACAACGGUACCGCCGGCUUCAUGGGCGAGCACAGCAUGAUGGACGGCACCCCAACCCACCGCCUGAACGACCACGUCAACAACCUUAUCUUUAACAAGCGCAUCGAUUUGUCCGCAAAGUCCGUGCGCUCCCAGCUCGCUGACCCCAAGCCCAUCACCUUCAACCUGAAUGAGGAGGCCAACGAGGCAAUCGACAUUGCUGCUCAAUACCAUCGCAAACAGAUCGCCUCCCACGAGCUGGUCGUCCAGGCCUUCCAAGGCUAUGGUAAGGGUCUCAUCAAGAAGUUCAAGUGCAGUCCCGAUGCCUACGUCCAAAUGGUCAUCCAACUCGCCUACUUUAAGAUGUACGGCAAGAACCGCCCUACCUACGAGUCUGCCACUACCCGCAAGUUCCAGGAGGGUCGCACCGAGACAACCCGUACCGUCUCUGAUGAGAGCGUUGCCUUCUGCAAGGCCUUCCACGACCACACCGUAGCCCGCGAGGAAGUUGUUAAGCUCUUCCGCGCUGCUUUGUCCCAGCACACCAAGUACACUCUCGACGCUAGCGAUGGCCGCGGUGUCGACCGUCACCUCUUCGGUCUGAAGAAGCUCCUUCAGCCCGGUGAGAAGCUUCCCGCCCUCUACGAGGAUCCCGCCUACUCUUACUCCGGCUCCUGGUAUAUUUCUUCUUCCCAGCUGAGCUCGGAAUACUUCAACGGAUACGGAUGGAGCCAGGUUAUCGAUGAUGGAUUCGGUAUCGCAUACAUGAUCAACGAGAACAGUCUCAACUUCAACAUCGUCUGCAAACGCCUCGGCGCGCACCGUAUGAGCUACUUCUUGAACGAGGCUGCUACUGAGCUUCGUGAUGUGCUUAUGCCUGACUUGGCUGCCCAGUCUGAGAAGGCUAAGCUCUAG